UUGUAUACCGUAAUGGCGGCGCUCAGUAGAGUCGGUUUAUACAAACUUCGUCCUUUGAAUAUAAAGAGCUGGUUUACGGUAACUAGCCGCCGUCGUGUGUCGGUUUUCAGGGCGUGUUUUAGGACACAGAGAGCUUUGUGUCGCGUCUCUGAGACACAUUUACAGUCUCCUGCUGCUCUGAUCAUCAUCAGGUCUCACAGCAGCAACAGCAGCAGCAGCAACAGCAGCUCUUCACUUCACACGUCUACAACGGCGUAUUAUGACGUUUUGCGUGUUUCCCCGAACGCCACGCAGGCGCAGAUUAAAACAGCGUACUAUCGCCAGAGCUUCCUUUACCAUCCGGACCGGAACGCGGGCAGCCACGAAGCCGUGCGCCGGUUCUCCGAGAUCAGUGAAGCCUACAAGGUCCUGGGCAGCAUCAGCCUCAGGAGGAAAUAUGAUCGCGGUGUCCUGAGCUUGUCAGACCUCCAAAGCGCAGUGAGACCUUCUCGUAAAGACCAGGAGCAUCCCGAGCACCAUCAUCAUCAUCAUCAUCAUCAUCAUCAGCGGUUCUCUCGGUCUGUCCGGGGCGCAGGAACAAAACCCAUGUUCGACUUCGACGCUUUUUAUCGUGCGCAUUACGGGGAACAGCUGGAGAGAGAACAGAACCUGCGCCGAUGGAGAGAGCAAAGAAAACAAGCACAAAAAAAGAACUUAAUGGCAUUUAAAAUGGAAAAAUGGACCGAAAUGGCUGUCGGUACACUUCUGGUUUUAGGGCUUGUUCUUCUAGCCAGACUGAAAUCAUAAUAUUUUGCACAUAGCAUUUAUAUAGACCUGUGCUCGUGAUUUACAUUCACAGCACCUUUAUAUCCAUAAGGGCCUUGUUCAGGGGCCCAACAUUGGCAGCCUGGUGGACCUGGGAUUCGAACUCACAACCUUCUGUUUGGUAGCUCAACACCUUAACCACUAGGCCUGCUGUUAAAUGACUUUAAAUGUGCAAUAGUUAUUAUAUUAUCUGCUUACAUGCAACUAUGACCUUAUUACACGUGUAUUAACGGUGCAUUAAGUAAGAUUACUCGUAGACACGCCCACAUUCGUGAAGCUCCACCCACAAUAUCGACAUGAAGCGUGUUCAAUUCAGUUUGUUAAUUUUCUUAAAAUCAGUUCUUUGCUUGUUCAAGAUUGCUUGUUUAACAACACUUUUUUGUUUUUGACUCGUUUAACUUGUUUUAAAGUUUCUUGGGUUGGGGGAAUUUUAACAGCUGAUUAAACUGCAGGAUGUGUUUGUACUGGUGUUUCUGACAGUUACAGCAUGAAAUGUUAAUCUGUGUUAUUUAUUUGUAUCCCUGGAAUUUGAUGUGCUGUUUCUAAAGGUGUUCACAUCUGAAUAGAUUUCUUAUAAUAAACAGCUCUAAUUUAUUAGAAUAUGACACAAAAUGUUACCUCAUGACUUGUAAAGGAAGAAUAAUUCAAGGUGAUGAAUAAAAGGUCCGGUGAAUAAA